AUGAACAGAGACGAUGGGGAGGAAAAGAAGGCAGAAGAACAAGGACCGGAGGGGCCACGAGAGUCAUCGGUGUCGGGAGAACCAGAGAACCUUUCUCCAUGUGGGGGACUGGAAGCUGCCUCAGCAACUUUGGAAAGAGCAGAAAGUCGGCAGGAAAUCCACCCAAUGGAGGAAGCGGAAGGCCACAGUCAACCCAGAGUCAGAGCUAUUCGCAGAAGGAAGAAGAUGUUAUCCCGGGUGGAGCUGCAACAUCAUUCUCAAAGGAUUAAUCCCCAAGAGCUGUUAGAGGAUGUACAGGUGAGUGAGGAUGAGGGAAAACAACAUAGAGGACCUCCACCAAGAAGAACUAGAAGUGAGGAAGUCUGCAAUCAGCCUCGAAAAAGGAAGCAGUCAGGAAAAAGUACGCAGGGAAGGAAGGAUGAAUCCGUUCCCUCUGUGAGUGGGGUCUCCCUUGAACCAGGAAAGCAGAAAAGAAAGAGAUCUAGAAAGUGUCUUGAUGCUCCUUUGAGAAUCCACACGGGGAAGGAACCCAGCCAAAGCUCAGAGCCUGUGAAAAGUGACCCUCUGAGCAAAAAAUCGAUGAAACAUCCAAGGCUUGAUGCCCGGGGAAAGACACAUAAAUGUUUGGUGUGUGGAAAGUGUUUCAGAAUGGAUUCAGUCCUUAAAAUACAUCAGCGAAUUCACUUAGGGGGGAAACUGCAUAAUUGUACAGAAUGUGGAAAGAGGUUCACUCGAAGAUUAGACCUUAUCGUACAUAAAGUGUACCAUAGAAUCAAGAAACCCUAUAACUGCAAAGAAUGUGGGGAAAACUUCAGUCAUAAAGUACACCUUACCAGACAUCAACGAAUUCACACAGGGGAGAAACCCUAUAAAUGUGAACAAUGUGGAAAAAGUUUCAACAACAAAUCAAACUUUAGACGACAUUGCAGGUGGCAUACAGGGGAGAAACCCUAUAAAUGUGAACAAUGCAAAAAAAGCUUCAACCGUAAAUCAACCCUUACGCAACAUCGCAUGUGCCAUACAGGGGAGAAACCCUAUAAAUGUGAACAAUGUGGAAAAAGUUUCAACAACAAAUCAAACCUUAAACAACAUCGCAUGUGCCAUACAGGGGAGAAACCCUAUAAAUGUGAACAAUGUGGAAAGUGUUUCAGUCGAAGAUUAACCCUUAAGGAACAUCGUAGGUGCCAUACAGGGGAGAAACCCUAUAAAUGUGAAGAGUGUGGAAAAGGCUUCAGUUGGAGCUCAUCCUUUAAGAGUCAUCAACAAAAUCACUCAGGGAAGAAAGAUUUUUAG